UGACGUUGCCGGUGGGUGGGGUUUCCCGGCGUUCUGCGGGUGUGGAGCUGCGCGGCGUCAUGGAGAACUCGAAGAAAGGCCAGCAGAAGCAGCAGCAGGUGAUGCCGCCACCGCGGAAAGGCGAGGAUAAGGCGGCGGGGGCAAAGGACAAGAAAGAGAACGAAGACAAGGAACAGGAGUUGUCUGACGAAGAUAAGCAGCUACAGGAAGAGCUAGAGAUGCUUGUAGAAAGGCUGAGUGAACCUGACACAAAGCUUUAUCGGGCAGCUUUGGAGGAGCUCAGGAGGCAGAUUCGUUCAUCCACAACAUCCAUGACAUCUGUCCCUAAACCUCUUAAAUUCCUUCGACCACAUUAUGAAAAGCUUAAAGAAAUCUAUGAAAAAAUGCCACCAGGAGAAAAUAAGCGAUUUUGUGCUGACAUUGUGUCAGUAUUAGCCAUGACUAUGAGUGGAGACCGUGAAUGUCUGAAAUAUAGGCUUCAGGGAUCUCAGGAAGAACUGGCAUCAUGGGGACAUGAAUAUGUCAGGCAUCUGGCAGGGGAGGUUGCAAAAGAAUGGCAGGAAGUGGAUGAAAAUGAUAAGGCUCAGCAUGAAAUACUGCUUGCUCUGGUAAAAGAGGUAGUCCCCUAUAAUAUGGCUCAUAAUGCUGAGCAUGAAGCAUGUGACCUCCUCAUGGAGAUUGAACAUCUCAAUAUGCUGGAAGAUUAUAUUGAUGAAAAUGCAUAUUCUAAAGUCUGCUUAUAUUUGACAAGCUGUGUCAGUUACGUUCCUGAACCAGAGAAUUCAGCAUUGCUUCGAUGUGCUCUUAGUAUAUUCCGAAAAUUCAAUCGCUAUCCUGAGGCUCUGCGUCUUGCACUGAUGUUAAAUGAUAUGGAAUUGGUUGAAGAUAUUUUUACUUCCUGUAAAGAUGUUGUUAUUCAAAAACAGGUAGCAUUUAUGUUGGGUCGCCAUGGUGUAUUCGUAGAGCUAAAUGAGGAUGUGGAAGACUAUGAAGAUCUGACAGAGAUAAUGUCAAAUGUUCAGUUGAACAGCAACUUCCUGGCCCUUGCACGAGAGUUGGACAUUAUGGAGCCUAAAGUGCCAGAAGACAUAUACAAGACACAUUUGGAGAACAACCGUUUUGGUAGCACUGGCUCCCAGAUUGAUUCUGCUCGUAUGAACCUUGCUUCUUCGUUUGUCAAUGGUUUUGUAAAUGCUGCAUUUGGACAAGAUAAAUUGUUGACAGAAGACGGUAAUAAAUGGCUGUACAAAAACAAAGACCAUGGUAUGCUAAGUGCUGCAGCGUCAUUAGGGAUGAUACUACUCUGGGAUGUUGAUGGUGGCUUAACACAAAUUGACAAGUACCUGUAUUCUUCAGAAGAUUAUAUUAAGUCUGGUGCCUUGCUCGCAUGUGGUAUUGUAAAUUCUGGUGUCCGGAAUGAAUGUGAUCCAGCACUUGCGCUUCUCUCAGACUAUGUCCUUCACAGCAGUAAUACGAUGAGAAUUGGAGCCAUCUUUGGGCUUGGUCUUGCCUAUGCAGGCUCGAAUCGGGAAGAUGUACUUGCUCUGCUUCUUCCUGUGACCCGAGAUUCUAAAUCCAGCAUGGAGGUUAUAGGUGUGACUGCUCUGGCAUGUGGCAUGAUUGCAGUGGGUUCGUGCAAUGGUGAAGUUACCUCCACCAUCUUGGAAACUAUAAUGGAGAAAUCAGAGCAGGAGUUGAAGGACACUUAUGCGAGAUGGCUACCCUUGGGGCUAGGCCUCAACCAUUUGGGAAAAGGUGAAGCUAUUGAGGCUAUUUUGGCUGCCCUGGAAGUGGUUUCUGAGCCAUUCCGCAGUUUUGCUAAUACUCUGGUAGAUGUCUGUGCAUAUGCAGGUUCUGGAAAUGUACUGAAGGUCCAGCAGUUACUCCAUAUUUGCAGUGAACAUUAUGAUUCAAAAGAGAAGGAAGAGGAUAAAGAUAAAAAGAAGGAGAAAGAUAAGGACAAAAAAGAAAAUGCAGCAGAUAUGGGAGCACACCAGGGAGUAGCAGUGCUUGGUAUUGCUUUAAUUGCCAUGGGAGAAGAAAUUGGAGCAGAAAUGGCUCUACGCACAUUUGGACACCUGCUAAGAUAUGGUGAACCUACUUUAAGACGUGCUGUACCGUUAGCGCUGGCAUUGAUUUCGGUCUCUAAUCCACGGUUGAGUAUACUGGACACUUUGAGCAAGUUCUCUCAUGAUGCUGACCCAGAAGUGUCUCACAAUUCUAUCUUUGCAAUGGGCAUGGUUGGAAGUGGUACUAAUAAUGCCAGGUUGGCAGCCAUGCUGAGACAGUUAGCACAGUAUCAUGCCAAGGAUCCAAAUAACCUUUUUAUGGUUCGAAUAGCACAGGGUUUGACUCACCUUGGAAAGGGAACACUCACAUUGUGUCCAUAUCACAGUGACAGACAACUAAUGAGCCAAGUGGCAGUGGCUGGUCUUCUCACUGUACUAGUCUCUUUCCUUGACGUGAAGAACAUAAUUCUUGGAAAGUCCCAUUAUAUUCUUUACGGGCUGGUUGCUGCAAUGCAGCCUCGUAUGCUAGUUACAUUUGAUGAAGAGCUCCAACCAUUGCCAGUGUCAGUUCGUGUUGGCCAGGCUGUAGAUGUUGUAGGCCAAGCAGGGAAGCCCAAGACCAUCACAGGAUUCCAGACACACACUACACCUGUGCUGUUAGCACAUGGCGAAAGAGCUGAAUUGGCAACAGAAGAGUAUGUGCCGCUAACUCCAAUCCUUGAGGGGUUUGUCAUUUUACGCAAAAAUCCUAAUUAUAGUGUGUAGCUUGUGGUUAAUUCUUGGUGCUUUGUACAUGGAGUUUCUUUUAGAGUAGUCACCAUCCAUUCUCAAAAAAUACUGUGGGUCCAUGAAUAAAAUAUGGCCAUCAGUCUGCCCUUGAGCCAGUUUUAAAUGUUGGUUCAGAACUUCUGUAUUUUAUAUUUACUUUACCGCAUGAUGGAUGUACUUCAUUAAAUUUUGUUAUGAAGCAGCAAUAUCUAAAUAAAGUUAUUUCUUGACCACCAAUAAUGAUAUUUGUAAUGUAGUCUUUUGCAUUAGUUGUUCAUGCUUAUAUUGCAUUUUAAAUGGUAGACUAAUAUACUGAAUGUAAAAUAACUAAUUUAAACUUCAUUCUUUACUGGCUUGCCCAUUAUACUCCUUAACAUAACGAUAAGAUAUAGAAAACAGGGAACAGGAGUCAGCUACUUAACUCCUUGAGCCUGUUCCCCCAUUCUUUUGAGAUUGUGGCUGAUCUGUGACUCAGUUUCUACCUUUGUUCUAUAUAUAUUUUAUACCUGUUGGUUAUUAAUCUCAGAUUCAAAAUGAGCAGUUAAUCUAUCAUAAAUUGCUGUUCACUGAAGAAAAUUCAAUUUUUUUGCCACUCUUAGUAUAAAUGUCUCCUAAUUUUGUUCCUAAAAGAUCUAGCUCUUAUAUCAGUUUGAGCAUGUUAUGACUUCUCUGUAUGUAAUAUUGAAUUCACAUUGCUGUAUGAAUGCUGUAAUUUGUGAAAGCAGCAUUUUUGAUGUAAUUGUUAAUUUUCACGUAUAUAUGGAUAUGAAAAUGGCCAAAUCAGGUUUAAUUCUGCAUCAAAGUGAAAUAUUCUCCAGUUAGUACCUACAAAUUAAAGAUUCAUAAUUUAACUUCUAAUUCCAGAGAAAUUAUUUUCUUAUAGAAAAUGCUAUUAGCUUAUAAAUGCUCAGAUUAAUAAAACUCGUGGCAGAAAGUUGUGGCUAGCACUUAAUAAUGUAAGUAGCUUUUGAAGGUGAGAUUUAUAUUACUGCAAGACCUUUUAAUCUCCAGCCCAGAAAUGACGCAACAAAAUGUGUGAAGUUUCAUUCCUGCGAAUAGUAAAUUGGCCCUAGAGGAUUUUUGUUAAAACUUUCUCCCUCCUCCUCCUUCAUUUCCUUGUAUUGAAUUUGAAUCUAAUUCACCACAUUUUCUUGCCUCUCCUUCCUUCGUUUCACUAUCUUUAAAUCCACUUGGUUAAAAAGUAGGUUUGUUGUUUCGAUCAUUCACCAAUUAUCUCACUGUGUCAUUAUCAGCUCAUAUUUAUGAACACAGCUUGAUGCCUUGUCCCACAAAUUUUAGGCCAUCAUGUUUACACACAAACCCUGGGACUUGAAACUGAAACACAAUAUUAAAUGUUCAUGUUGGACUUAGUAGCAGUGGAUUAAAGGGUAUUGAUAGGUACACCAUUACUUGGAGGUGAUAGCUGAUUUCUAAAGUUUGUGUGCUUGCAUGUUGUGCUGAACAUAACUGUGUGGAAUAAAAGUGACUUUCUCCUUUCACAGUUCAGUUAUUUAAUGUACCAUGGGUGUGCUGAAAGAGUGAUGAGUUGAAACUGAAUUAAUUCUCAUACUAUUAUUAUUCAACAUCAUUCUGCUACUCCAGUUAGAUUGGGCUUUCCCACCUUGGUGAGAAACAAACCAUUGUUUCACGAUGAAUAGAAUUUUGUCUGCCUUGUUUGAUGCAAGGCAUGUGGUUUUGUAUACAGAUUUUUUAAAAAUCAUUUAAUUUUACAGUUUUGUAUUUGAACUAAUGAUGUGGGUUUUGCUCUGUAUUUAUGAAGGGAUUUAAUGAUCAGCUUGUCUGGUUUCCUGGAGCCAUGUUUAGUUUUAACCAAUAUGAGAGAAAAACAUCUUGGCUGAUAAUGGGAACUUUAUUUUUGAGCGGAUGGAGUAUUGAGAAACUUUAGCUUGCUUUCUGUUUAAAAGAAUCAGAAUUUUUCUUUUGGCUGGGGAAGAACCCAUACUUUUGAAAGCUUUUGCUUUUCAAUUCAGAGUUCUUAAUGAAAGUUAGGUAUGUGAAAUAGGUUCUUCUGAUGAGAGAAGAUCGUUUAGAACUAUAAGGAAAUGGACAAACUCACUGUAAGGAAUUUUCUUUGCAAAUUCUAGACCUGAAGCAUUUGGUUAGAACCCUGAAGGGUUAUUCAAAGCAGAGAAGAUCUGAGCUCAGUUGCGUCAAUACUCAAGGAACUAAUCUACCACACUGUCAAGUCCGGGAACUAAAAUAAGCUGUUAAGCCUAUGGAUAAGAUUGAGGGGUGAACUCUCUCUGGUCUUUUGGUGCUAUAAUGUGGUGAUGUUGGGAGGAUGAGAUUUUAUCGUGUUUCAAUCUUUGAAGUGAUGUUAUAUGUAAAUGCCUAGAAUUAUUCUAUUUUAUCAUUUCUUUUGCUUAAUAAACUUCUGUUUUAUUAAAACCAAA